AAAUAUUUAUUGUGUAUUUCGUUGUUUCUCAACAAGGUGGCCAUGAGGGAAAGGCUGUCAGAACACUUGCAACUUUGGAGUUGAUACGAUAAUUUACAACACUGUACAUGAUGAAGAAGCAACCAAUUGCCUUUGGGAAUGAGGAUGGUGGAAUGGCGUUGGGUACAGUGCCUGCUCUUUACGUUCUCAUGAAACAGCCACAGAUCACUAGAAAAGCUGACCAAGGAGACUUAGUUUCAAAUCAAGAGGACAAUGGCCUUGCUAGCAGUAUAGAAGCACCAGUAAAAUCGAAAGUGAAGACCUGCCUUCCAGCAGAUUGUACCUCAGGAAGCAUUACUGUUACCUUGGACAACAACAAUAUGUGGAAUGAGUUCUACUAUCGCAGCACAGAAAUGAUUCUGACUAAGCAGGGAAGGCGGAUGUUUCCAUACUGUCGAUACUGGAUAACAGGCUUAGAUUCCAAGCUGAAGUAUAUAUUGGUCAUGGAUAUUUCUCCAGUUGACAAUUUAUGCUAUAAAUGGAAUAGCCAUAGUUGGGAGCCCAGUGGGAAAGCAGAACCCCAUGUGCUGGGAAGAGUAUUCAUUCACCCCGAAUCGCCUUCUACUGGUCGUUACUGGAUGCAGCAGCCGGUCUCUUUCUACAAACUCAAACUUACUAACAAUACCUUGGACCAGGAAGGGCAUAUCAUUCUGCACUCUAUGCACCGCUAUCUACCUCGGCUACACUUGGUGCUUGCUGACAGAGUCACAGAGGUUAUUCAGCUGAAUGGUCCUGAUGUCCAUACCUUCAUUUUUCCACAGACAGAGUUCUUUGCUGUGACUGCCUAUCAAAACAUACAAAUUACACAACUGAAAACAGACUACAACCCAUUUCUCAAAGGGUUCAAGAAAGCUGGUCUGAGCAGCAGACCUGAACAUAAGGCAAAGCAAAAUGAUUGCCCAGAGCAGGAAGGACGUAGAGUUGCUAACUUUAGAAGCAGUUAUAGGAGUCUCACUGAAGGUGAUGCUUCGGAUCUGAAGCAGAAAGGCCUAGAUGUUUCAUGUAAUGCUUGGAAGAUGUAUAAAUCUUCUUUGGAGAAAAAAACACGUACUCCAGACACAGAAUGUGAUGCGUCAAUAUUAAAGCAGGAUGUAUCUGAAUGUCCAACAACUUGUGAAAGUGAUUCCCGUGUGAAAUCACUGCUGAACUCAAAUGAUGAUAUCCGUAUAUCCAUUGAAGAUGAGACUGUAGAUGACUAUGCUUAUGGGCCAAGGGUACAUACAGAGAGGAUAGUCAUGAAGCAGGAAGACACUGAUAAAGCAAGAGAAAAAUAUUUCUGUAGAGAUAACAAGAAGAUUUCAGAGAAGCAGUUGGAGAAAAACUGUGAUGAAAUAGGAAGAAGAGAAGUGGACAUUGAAUCCCACAAGCAACCACAGAGUGUUGCCAAAGCCAAAACUUUAAAAUUGGGUAGUGGGACAGUGCCUGAUGCCUCCUUAAAGUGCUGUGGUACCACCAAGAAUAUGACCAUCUCUGCUCUUCAGGCUGUUUUGUCUUCUUAUAAGACAGAGAAGUCUUCCUUGGAUCAUUCAGUAAAUUCUUUGCCUGUCUGUUUUGAAAAUAACAAACAAUCUAGCCCGCUUAAAGUUAUGGAAGCAAAACAUAAAGAACUUCAUUUCAGAAGCAAUAACACAGAGAAAUGCUAUUUAGGCAAAGAUGUGCCAUGGAUAAAUACUGAAACAUACAGCAGCCAUACGGUAACGAAAAAAGCAGUGAGUUUCAACCUCUUGCCCCCUACAUCAACCAAAUUUAUUCAUGGAGGAAAAGAGAGAAAUGUAGUCAAGAAGGCUAUGUUGGGAAGGGGUGUUGAUAAGAAAGCAGGUGAUGCGGUGUCGGCGCCAGUUAGAAGAGGAAGACCACGUAAAGUGAAGUUCUCAGAGGUUGAACCAUCCCUGAAAUUCACAGCAAAGUCUGCCAUGACAAGCAAUGUGGGACCAGAUUUUGCCAAGCCAGAGCUUGUGCUUGAUUAUGAGGAUAUAGAUGGAGUCCUCUUUGCAUCCUUUGCAUCAAAGGAAGUUCUUGAUAAACACAGAAUUGAUAAAAUUGGGGGAAGAGAAGGACUACAGAAUGGAGAAGCUUCCUUCCUGACUACAUACGAUUCAGACACUCAAAUAAACUUACAACUUCUAGAAACAAAGCUCUUAGAAGAUUUGAAGUCCUUCAGGCACAGACAAGUGAUACAUCCUAGUCUUCAAGAAGUGGGACUGAAGUUGGGUUCCGUGGACCCAACACUUAGCAUUGACCUGAAAUACGUGGGUGUGCAGCUUCCCCUGAGACCUUCAAAGGAUUAUGUAUUUGGGGAAAACCAAGUGACAGAUCUCAGUUGUCAAGAUACUGCCCUUUCCUUCAUUUCCAAGACUGGGAAAACCAAUGAUUUUAGAAAGAUAAAAGGCUGGCAAGGAAGACUUAACAACGCUUCUAAGCAGGAAGGUAGCAUUUUAGAGGACUCGCUGAAGAACCGAUCUGCCUUCUGCAGUGAUAAACUGGACAAAUAUUUGGAAAGGGAAGGGAAGCUAAUGGAAAGUGUGGGAUUCUCUUCAAGCUUGUUUAGUUAUCCCAUGGAUUGCCAGAUUCCAUCCAAAGGUACCAGCUGUGUUCAAGACCUCGAUAAAGUUCCAGAGAAGAAACCCAUCAUUGCUCCAUCCAGCACUUACACUUUCAAGCCUCUUUCUCUGCCUUCCUUUUUUAGAAGGAGAAGGAAAGCUAAGAAUAAACAAACAACUUUUCGAGGCAGGGUAAAAUCUUCCCAAAAGUUUACAAUGCCUUUACCUGUUCUGUCAAAGCAGGAGCAUGAUUUUUCUGCCUUGGAAAACAUCAGUAGAUCUAGAUCUUAUAGCCAAGUGGCUGACGAGGUACAUGUGCCAGAAUUAGAUGGAAACGUACAGGGAAAGCAAAUAACUGUGCAUCAAGCACAGCAACGAAAACAGAGUAGCUGUCCACUGCAUUUAUCUCAGAUGAAACUGAUGGAGCUGGAGGACUGUGCUUUGAGGGAUGGAAAGCCACAAACCUGUAUUACUGAAGAAUGGGCAGACCUUUCUCUGGAGACUUUGAUCAUCCCUCAGGUUCCGGUGGAGUUAAUGGAAUUGGAAGACCGUGCAUCGCAGAGUGGGAAGCCACGGACUUGCAUUACCAAAGAACGAGCAGACCUAUCUCUAGGUUCCCUACUUAGCCCUCAGGCUUCACUCAAAAGCAAGUCUAUCUGUAAGAUAAUCAACAGCCAAGAUCCAGCACACAGUGGCAUCUGCCACCUUGGGUGUUUCUGUGCUAGUUUAGCUUCUGGGACGUGCCAGCCUACACUUUCCUGCAAGACAGAUUGUACGUUUGAUUGUCUGAAGAAAAGGGUGGCCCUGUUAAAGGGAGUUUCUGUGAAUAAGAAAAGCUUGAAGAAAUAUUUGUGCGGAAUUAUUGAAUGCUGCAACGGACAAAGGGAUUGGAAACUGGAGCAUGUUAAUAAACAGAUGAGAAGCAAUGAUGAAUCAGUCUGUAGUGCGGAGCCAUACCAAGCUGUUAUGGAUUUCCCAUUGCGGAUGAAGGAAGAAGGGGACGUGUUUAUUCCUGACAGAAGUGAAAUUGCUGCAAAGACUGCUCCAGACGACGUGGAUGCAGGAGGAGAAUUAUUAAGUGGGGAACCUUUAUUGUAUCCUGACAUUCCAUCAGACGUGAUAUUGGCAGACCAUUCGUAUGUUUGCAGGAAGCCAAGUAAGACAGUUCAAGUGACUGUGAGAAUUGAGAAGCAGCAUGCGAGGUACCUUGAAGGUAUGUCAGAGGAGGCUGAAGAUGGUUUGCAAACUGAUGUUCCUGUGUGUGAUACAUUACAGAAAAGCCCCACACGUCAGGAAGAGGCUCCGCAUAUGACAUGUUCAAAUGGGGAGCAAACACACACUGCCCAAAUGCAAAGGCCCAUGACCGAUUCGGAAGGACCUAAACAGACACAGCCGGCGUGGCUUGGUAAACUGCAGCGGAUUGUAAGCAUGAACCAUGCAGAAAAGCAGCAGAAAAGGGCAAAAUUGCUUCAGAGUCAGCAGCAAAAUCAACAUGACUUUGAACUGCUAAGAAGGCACUGGAAAGAGAGGGGUGACUCCAUGCAAAUAGAAAAUGUCAAGGAAACAGAGAGAGGAGAGCUUGAGAUCAGCUGUAUAAGGGACCAGAAUUGCACACCAGGAAAGAAGUGUGUGGAUAGUGCCCAUGAAUAUCUUCCUAACAGUAGUGCUGAUGUUCAAGAGAACUGUAACAUUUCUUGCUAUAAAAAAGGUCUUUCUGGUUUACGGAGAGAGAAUCAAGCUUUUAAGGAUGACCUUGCUGAGCCCAACAGAACUUGGAGCAAAUCAUCCCAGAAUCCAUUUGCUAAAUGCUUAGGAAAAAAUGCAUCUAAAACCCACUGUUGGAAAAAUGGUCCUAUGUCAUUUGGUAUUACCAAGGAUGAUAUAGGAAAUGGUGAAAAAACAGAUGAUUCUGCAGAAGAAGAUAUUGAUGGGAGUUCUGACCACCAGAUGGAAAUGCUGGUAAAGAAUACCAAUUGGAAAGGAGAGUGCAGUUCUGUCAAGCUGGAAGAAAAAAUACCACAUUUGAAAAUGGUGGAGGCCAAAGAGUCAGAAAUCACAAUAUACAAUACCAAAUUAAAAGAAAAUAAGUUGCCAGCACAUCCUUCAGAGUUCCAUUCUGAAAGUAUCAUACGUGAGAGUAGUGCUACUACUUCAGAGAUGGCCAAAAAGAAUGCAGAAAUUGUAGAGCGAUUAUCCAGUGAUGCUGCCAUCUUCCAUCCUGAUACUGUGUCAUUAGACCACACCUAUAGCAUUACAGCAACGUACAAGAAGGAACAUCCUGAAGAAGCUCCAGGUGAUACUUCUCAAUCGAAUGGAAGGGACUCCAGUCAAGGUGACAGGAACAUGAACACUGAACCUGGAGAGUUUUCAAAGAAAAGUAUUAUUUCUCACCUGAAAACUACAGCAGCUCAUGCCCUACUUCCCAGACAGUUGCAUCUUGCUCAUGACUCUUCAAAUAAAGUGAUGGUAAAGUCCCCUAAACCGUCUGGACUCUGGAAAAGAGAACCAAAGAAUGGGACACAAAGCAUGACUUCUUAUCGCCCGAGACACACAGCAGAUGAACAGCGUCGGCGUAAGGAAAUGAAAGAACUCUUUGAAAAACUGCAGGGGGCCUUGGGAUUGCCCAGCACUCCCAGAAUGGCCAAGCGCAUCCUCCUCAAGCAGGCCACUGAAGAUAUCCAGAGGCUAAGAGAUCAGGCAGACCAAUUGACAAGCCGCAAGAAGUUCCUGUUGUGCAAGCGCAACACCCUGAUUCGUAAAGUGUCUGCACUCUCAGGCAAGACACAGGAAGCAAUAUUGAAGAAGCUAGAAUACAUUUUUACAAAGCAGAAGGCACUAGAAGAACAGGAGAACCAGAACCAGCAACAAAUGGUGGAAAUCAUUAAAACACCGAGAACUGCUAGUUCCACUGUGGAAAACAGCCCCUUUUCUCUUUCUAGAGAGAUGAAACCGGUAAUCCUGUCCGACAGGCAUACGAAACCAUUGAUAUGUUCCAAGAACAGAAGCAGUGCCAAAGAAAAUGAAGACUCCUUAAUGAUGCCAAGGAUAGUAAAUGUGGUGUCACUGGCUACCGAAGAAAAUACAAAUUUACUCCUGGAUUUAAAUAAGAAACCUUAUGUAACUCUGGAUACAGAUUCCCAGAAAUGCCUACCUUCCACGCAGAUAGUAUUGCAGGAAACAACUGAUUUUCAGUCUGAAGGAAAUGCGGAACCUUCUUCCAGAAAACAGAGGGAUGCUACUGGAACAGCUCAAGAUUUUCUUAGGGAAAAAGAAAACUCUUUCCCACAAAUAGUAAAUGUAUCCAGUAUGAAGGGAUCCCCAGAAUUAUUUGCAACAAAACUCUUAAUUGAAGAGUUAAGUGGAAAUCGAGUUAGGUUAAAAGAUAUAUACAAGGGAGGCAUGGGACAAAAGUCAAAGGAUUCUUCAUUUCAGAAGCUACAGAUUAAUGAAUCCAAGGACUCUGGGGUAGAAAUGGAACUGCAAAAAGUAGCCUCUGCAAUACCUGAACCAGCACUGGAUGCAGGUGACUUAAUGGACCUAAAGUAUGAUGGCAUUGAUGAAACUCUCAACUCACUUCUGAAUGAAAUUGUAUCCCUCAAUCAGCAGCUGAAUGAUGCAGCCCCAGACAGAUCAAAACUUCCCAACUCCCCAGGCACUGAGUUUUCUCUGGAAGGUAUGGGAAAAUGCACGGAAUCAGCUGCUGCAGCAGCAGGCUUUCACUUUCAGUUUGGCAAAUUGGGUGAGAGCUAUAAGGACCUCUGUUUUGUGCAAGAGAGUAGUGGUUCUGUAACUCCACUCCUGCUUCAGUUGGAAGACGAUGAUCUCACUGAUGGUGACAGGAACUUGAGAGAUCCUUCAUCUGAAUCAGGUGUUUUCGAUCUAAUGCCGGUCUCUGAAGUAAAGGACCCAAAUGGUAACAUUUCAACAACUAGUGGGAGAAGCUGGAAAAACAUACCAUGCAUGGCAAAAACUACAAAUGUGUCUCUUCCAGUUCUGCAGAUGAAAACUAAUAUGGAACCUGGCCACCUUGACACACAGUGGAAGCCCAUGCCCAAACUGGCACCCUUUGGACUAAAAAGUGCAAGCUUCCUAUUAGAUUCAGGAAGGCAAAACACCAGGGUGAUGCCUUUGUUGGCACCUGUUGGUGCAAAUGUGUCAUCUGUUGAUUUAAAAGCCACCCGUUCAGCAGUCAAGGACAGAUCUAUAAAGUAACACCUACAUUAGCAGCUUUAAUUUUAAACAUAUUGGCAGAUGCAUGCCCUAUUUUAUCAUAAAACGUCAACACAUAUAUGGAUUGAAGGUCAUAUGGUCCACUUUGAAUAGAGGGGUUUGUGUCUAAAUUUAUGAAGCUAGGUGAUCUUUGUGAAUGGGUUGAUUAAGGAUACACUAAAUUCCUAGUAAAAAACUUUGGGUGAGCCAAAAUUAACUAAUGAUAUAGCUUUAUAUCAUUAUAGAACUAUAUAAUUAUAAUUAGUUUUGUAAUAAAUCGGAAUGACUUUGUCACAUGUUCUCUUCGGGAAGUGGAACAAAAAUUUAACCUUUAGCUAUAAAUUAAAAAAAUAAUAAUCAGUGGGAGUGUCAUUCCCCUGUUCGCCCUCAGGCUACAAAUUUUAAUGUUCCUCUAAACUCUUUUCAUUUGCCAAUCCUCCCUCUCUUCUAUCAUUUUUUUAAUGUGUGCAACCUAGAGAGAGGUCUGACUAUAUCUAUUCUUCCCAAACCUCUUCCACAGUUUAAAUACUCAAAAGAAUGGUUAUGCUCUAAAAAGAAGCUUGUUUGUAGGCAUGCAUAAGUCCUCU